GAAGCAGGGGAACUUCCGGUUGCUAACAUGCUAACUUUUCCUUUCGUUACCGUGAGAUGCAGCCGGAGUUCAGCAGCAGAGCCUGCAUGUGAGGAUCAACGUGUUUAAGUGGACUCUGUUUAAACUUUCGGGAUGUUUCACCUCAGACUCAUCUCCUGUUAGCCAAGAAUGCUAAAGGAAGUUAGCUUGUUAGCAGGAAGUAGCCGGAGCCGGAGCUCGGCCUCACAGUCGGAGCAGCUUCCAUAGAGACCAAACUGUGUUUUUCACGGAGCCCAAAUGUCCAAAUGUCCAGAUAGAGCUGUCUGAAUAGACUCUGUGCUGUUCCCUUUAUCUGAACAUGUUUAACAUCUGAAUUAUCUCCCGCUGUCCUACGAAGCUAAUGCAGUUAGCUUAGCUUGCUAGCUGAAAACAGUCUGGAGGAAAAGCUGCUGUGAAUCAGUAAAAAUGUCUAAAGUGGAGAACGAGGAGGAACUUUGUGGACAACGCAAACUACUGGACGCUGUUUUCAAGCCUGGAGCAGACGUCCAGCUGCUGUUGGUGAGGAGAGAAGAGGUUCCCCCUGAGCAGCAGGAGCGGAGCCCCAGUCUGGACCAGGAGGACCCACCAGGGCCCCCACACAUGAAAGAGGAAUGGAGCCCCAGUCUGGACCAGGAGGACCCACCCGAGCCGCCACACAUUAAAGAGGAGUUGAGCCCCAGGCUGGACCAGGAGGACCCACCCGAGCCACCACACAUUAAAGAGGAGUGGAGCCCCAGGCUGGACCAGGAGGACCCACCCGAGCCGCCACACAUUAAAGUAGAGUGGAGUCCAAGUCUAGACCAAGAGGACCUCUGGACCAGUCAGGAGGAAGAGCAGAUUCGAUUGCUGAAGGAGGCUGAUACCACCAAGUUCACAUUUACUCCUGUCCCUGUGAAGAGUGAAGAAGACGAUGAAGAGAAACCUCAGUCCUCACAGCUUCAUCAAAGACUAACUGAACAGGAGAAAACAGAAUCUGAUGGAGAGGACUGUGGAGGACUAGAACCAGCCAGGAACUCUGAUCCAAAUAGACGUUUACAACCAGCUACUCCUGACAAGAUAUCCCACUCUGAACCUGAGACUGAUGACAGUUGUGAUUGGGAGGAGACCAGGGACUCUCAGUCUGGUUUAAUCUCUCUGCAAAACAUUGAAGUAUCUGUAAGUGGUCAGGAAUGUAAUACCGGAGAAACAUCAAGUAGCUCCUCUAAAUUUGCUACAAGCCUUGACCACAAUGGACAUCUGCAGGAAACCAAUGAAAUCCUAACAGAAAAGAAACCUUUCAGUUGUUCUGUGUGUGGUAAAGGAUUUGCACAAAGCUCAACUUUGACCAAACACACAAGAGUCCAUGCAGGAGAAAAUCCUUUCACAUGUUCAGUCUGUAAAACAAGUUUCCGUCUCAGAGGCAAUUUGUCCAAACACAUGAGGAUCCAUACUGGCGAGAAACCUUUUAGUUGUUCAGUUUGUAGUAAAACAUUUGGACAAAAGGAUCAUCUAAGACGGCACAUGGGAACCCACACAGGGGAGAAACCAUUUAGUUGCUCUGUCUGUGGUAAAACAUUUGCACAAAGGUCAGCUUUGACUAUACAUUUGAAAGUUCAUACAGGAGAAAAACCUUUCCCAUGCCCAGUUUGUAAAACAAGUUUCAGUCUCAGAGGCAAUUUGUCCAAACACAUGAGAAUCCAUACUGGCGAGAAACCUUUUAGUUGUUUGGUUUGUGGUACAGGAUUUGCACAAAAGGAAAUUCUGAGAGCCCACAUGAGAACCCACACAGGGGAGAAACCUUUUACUUGUUCUGUUUGUGGUAAAACAUUUGCACAAAGGUCAGCUUUGACCACACAUUUGAAGGUUCAUACAGAAGAAAAACCUUUCACAUGCUCCAUUUGUAAAACAGGUUUCCGUCGCAGAAGCUGUUUGUCCGCACACAUGAGUAUCCACACUGGAGAAAAACCGUUUAGUUGUUCAAUUUGUGGUAAAACCUUUGGACAAAAGGGAAAUCUGAGACGACACGCAAGAAUCCACACUGGUGAGAAACCAUUUAGUUGCUCUGUCUGUGGUAAAACAUUUGGUGAAAAGGUUCCUCUGAAACGACACAUGAGCAUCCACAGAAGGGAGAAACCAAGUAGUUGCAUUGUUUGUGAUAAAAGAUUUACUCAGCUAACUCACAUCAACAACCACAAUUGUGCUGGUGAGAGCAGUGGAGGUAAAUGAAGCUGUAGAGAUGCUUGCUGAGCUGAUUCCUAAGUACUGUGGGCAAGAUUUGGCUCAACACUGAUCAGUUCAAAACUGAUAAUUGGACAGCUGUUGUAGUCAAGACCAACACCAGAGUGUAGUGAUACUGAGGCAAGACCAAGACUAUCAGGGGCUGAGACCAAGUCAAGACCAAGACCAGUGCCCUGCACUACAUGACACACAGUAAAAUGUGAAACAUGAUCAAAGGCAUUUCUCUAAUUUAUCGGAAAGAUCCACAUUCCCACAAAAACACCCACACACAAACACUAAGAGCUGAAAUCAACCUGACCAUCUUUAUUUAACACUCCUUUUCCAUUUUCUACCCUCCACCUAAUGCAAAACAAGUUUUUGUGCAAGUUUCUGUUUCACUCUUGUCUUCCAUAUUUGAUCCUCAAUAUUUAAUCUGCAACUGUGUAUUCACACUCACAACAUGCCAUGUGUUUAUAGCCAUAUUUAAUAUGUAAAUUCCUCAUAGAAGUGGAGGCGCACUACUUGGGCUUCACAGUCUGUUGUCACAUCUUUAGUCUAGUGCCAUGGUGUGUAGUUUUAAUGUUUGGAGCUGUAUUCAGCUGACAUUACCUAAGAUUGAUGUAACAUUAGCUACAUAGCUUUAUGUGGCCUGUCUCAACGUUGUAUGUCCUGUCCCCUCAAUUUCUCAAAGUUAACACUACUUUAGCUACUUCCCUCAAUAUGUUAUCCUGUUGAGUCCCUGCAAUUAGGUAGCUUGUGCGCCUGGCUGGGUGGCAAAUAAUUGGCAAGCAACUGAAAUUAGUGCCCUGAAACAUCAGUAUAUACAGUGGGUACGGAAAGUAUUCAGACCCCUUUAAAUUUUCCACUCUUUGUUUCAUUGCAGCCAUUUUCCAAAAAUCAAAAAAGUUCAUUUUA